AUAAUCUGUCUGGAAACAAUUGUUGGAAAAAGUACUUGUGUCAUGCACAAAGUAGAUGUCCUAACUGACUAGCCAAAAACUAUAGUUUGUUAACAAGAAUUUUGUGGAGUGGUUGAAAGACGAGUUUUAAUGACUCCAAACUAAGUAUAUGUAAACAUCCGACUUCAACUGUAUAAAUAUAUGGACGUGCAUAUCAGACCAAUAGACAGCACGCUCGGCAGAGGUCUUGGCUGAUUUUCUUUUGAUUUUCCCAAGAUGUCAAGCAACGAGGCACUGAGUUUGAAGGUAUUUAUGAGGAGUGAUUUCUUCUAUUACUGCAGUGAACCUGUCCUGGAUGUGAAAAUAGCCUUUUGUCAGGGUUUUGGUAAACAAGUGGAUGUGUCAUAUAUCGUCAAACACUACAACAUGUCUAAAAGCAAAGUGGACAACCAGUUCUACAGCGUGGAAGUAGGAGAUUCCACCUUCACAGUUCUCAAACGCUACCAGAAUCUAAAACCCAUCGGUUCUGGAGCUCAGGGAAUCGUUUGGUGA